GAGAAGGGGGAAUUCGCAUGACUGUAAACACAUCUUGUUAGAGGGCAAGGGACAGGACAACCUUAUCGGUUUGGGAAGAGGAGUAAUGGAACUACAAAAGAUUAGCCUGUGAUAAGGUGACUGACGGGUGACCAUACCUACAUUCUCACUGGGUGCACUCUGACUCCCUCCCCGCCACCCGGAUCUCGAGACACUUUGAUUAGCGAGUUGUGUGCAGGACCUGUGAAUGUGUGGAACCAUGUUGGCACAGGUGUGUGUACAGGUGUGUGUGCAGAUGUGUGUACAGGAGUCAUUGCACAGGUUAAACUGACUGCACACUGUAUUUAUAUCGGGAAACGUUCCCAGAAGGCCUUGUUCAGGACUAAAUGAACUGAGAACUGUAUCUGUUGUGAGACUAGACUGUGCGGUAGGAUAUUUUAAAGAGAUAAAUACGGAACACACAUCGACUUGUAUUAACCUUCAUUUCUGAGGCAAAGGUUCCUCUGAAAUUUACAAAAUCUAAGAAACACAAUCUUUUGGAAAAGAUGGACAAAAGGAUACUGGGAUGUUGCCUUGCAACAAAUUUCUUGUUGAUGCUGGCACAGGCUAUUUCACUGCCUAAGGUAACAAUCGAGCAAUACUACACUUGCCUCGAGAACACCACUCGAGGCACGGUUCUUUUCAACAUGACGGCCAAGUACAGUGAUGGCCAUCGUGAGAUGAGAGUGAGCACAGGUGACUCCGACAGGUAUGUUAAGGUUCAGCAUGUCAACGGAUCAGACGGCGUGUGGAAUGUGAUACUGAACACAGAGUUAGACUGGGAGAUCAUGAGGGCUAUUCAUCUGGUCUUUGUUGCUGAAGGAGACGACACUUUUAAUAUUCACACUCAGCUGAUUGUAGAGGACGUCAACGACAAUGCCCCAACAUUUAGAAACCUUCCCUACACUGCUGGUGUCCAAGAGGGCGCAUCUGUGGGAACAACUGUUUACACUAAGAUCAAUGCCAUGGACCCGGACAAUGGACAAGGUGGCGCAGUCAGCUAUUACAUGACUUGUGUUUAUCCACAGUCUGAAAGUGCGAGAGUCCAAGGCACAUUUGUCAUCGAUUUGGUCUCUGGAAAGGUUACACUCAAUGGUUCCCUGGACUACGAAACAGCGAACUUCUAUCAUUACAUCGUGACAGCAAUGGACGGUGGCGGUCUCAGCUCCACAGCGGAUCUCUUCAUCACAAUACAAGAUGUUCAGGACUCGCCCCCCUUCUUCACUGGCUUGCCUUACAUCGCCUACAUUGACGAAGACGCCCAAGUGAACACUACCAUACUCACUGUUGUAGCCCAGGAUGGAGACAGAGGCCUCAAUGUGUCCAACCCUCUCACAUAUAACAUCAGUCAAGACCUAUGUGUAGGUUUAUUUCAAAUGAACAGCGCUGGAACCCUUUCUGUUGGAAGUAAAGCUCUCGAUCGAGAUAUGUCGACACUAAAGAACACAAAUGGAGUAUGUAACGUCAUCGUGCAGGCCACUGAAGUUAACAAACAUCCUCCCCAAAUGGGGAAUGUGACAGCCACGGCGACUGUGACCAUCACCAUACGUGACGUCAACAACAACCCUCCCACGUUCUCCAACACUUCCUAUACCGCGACGAUCAGAGAAAAUUCGCCACCCGGGGUACCACUGACCCUAAAUGGUAGUGCACAGAUCACAGUGUCAGACAAGGAUCGGGGUGACAACAGCGCCAUAAAGAUAUUUCUCAUCAACAUGACCGACACGUUUGAACUGGAGCAGAGCAGCUUCCAGGAUACAGGAUCGGUCUUCAUUCGGGUCAAAAACAACUCAAAACUCAACUACGAAGAAUCUAAACAACUCUUUUUUGAAAUCUUGGCGAGGGACACUCCAAUUAACGGCACGGCGUUGUCGGCGUCUGCCACGGUGACAGUCAACAUCGAGCACGUCAACGAGUUCGCUCCGGAAUUUAACGAAACGGACAUCAGAGCGUCUGUACCCGAGGGAAGUCCACCCGGAUACCAGGUUUUUCAUUUUCAGGCCUUUGACAAAGAUUUGGGAGGAAGUGACGAGAAGAUCACAUACUCACUUCAGAAUGAUGGAGGGAUAUUUGACAUCGAUUCGCACAGUGGCAACGUGACGGUGGCUUCAAACACAACAGACCGCGAGACGACUGCCAGUUACAUUUUGCUCGUACAAGCUCAAGAUGGCGGAGGACUUCUCAACGUGACGUCACUAACGAUCUCUAUCAGCGAUGUAAACGAUAACCCACCUGUUUUUAGAAGAAAUCAGUACGAAGCCAUCUUACCAGAGGGUGAAAAGAAUUUUACCAGACCUCUGCGUCUUGAGGCAACAGACGAAGAUGAGCAAGGGACGCCGAACAGCAACAUCACCUACAGUCUUCUACCAUCUACCACUCCCCCUGGACUUGUCGGUCACUUUGAAAUCAACCCUCUGACUGGGGACCUUGUAGUCAAGAUGUCACUGGACUUCGAUGCCAUGUCAACCAGAGGCAGAAGCUCAGAAACCUUAACUCUGACAGUGGAGGCCAGAGAUCAAGGAACUGUACCCCUGAGCUCGACAGUAGAUGUUACCAUCACACUUCUAGACAAAAAUGACAAUGCUCCAAACUUUGACAAAUUAUCAUACAACGCAAGUAUUCCUGAAAACAGCACUCAAGGUGAAAGUGUCAUCAAGCUUACAGCCUCUGACAAUGACACCAGCGCACCAAACAACAUCAUUUUCUUCGUCCUGGACUCCGGAGGUUUCGACAAUUUCCGAGUAAACAGCACCUCGGGGUUAGUAACAGUAGGCCCAGGAGCGAAGCUUGACCGAGAAAAGGAAGAUAACUUCCAACUGUCUGUUCUCGUCCUGGACAGGGGUGAUCCCCCCAGAUCAAGCAGCGCCACCGUCUCUGUCUUCCUCCUCGACAUCAACGAUGAACCUCCGAUGUUCGGAGCAGCGCAGGGGGAGCGAAAAGUUGCGGAGAAUUCCACGGUGGGCGACACGGUCCUUGUCAUGACUGCCACAGACCCCGACACAGAUCACCUGCUGACCUAUGAACUUCUGAAGAAUGAAACACAAGCCUUCAAUGACCGCCUUCUCCAUGUCAACAACAGAGAAGUGUGGGACUGGUUUGCUGUCAACUCCACGACUGGUGCUGUUUAUGUCAACUCCACCUGUGACAGAGAAACUGCGGACCUUAUUGUUCUCAGCAUCAUGGUGACUGAUAUCAAGGCCCAGAUAAACCUGCCCCAGACUGCUGUUGCAACUGUUAAAGUCACUCUUAAGGACGUGAAUGACAACAGCCCUGUCAUCCAAGGGAAUCCAACGCUCACUGUGUCAGAGGCAGUAACUGUGGGUACAGAGGUCGCCACUGUCACAGCUACAGACAAGGACAAGGACCAGACUGUCAUUUUCUUGGUUCCAGACAAUACAUCGCACUUUGAAGUAACGACUUCUGGAAAGAUUUCUUUGCGUCGGGGACUGAAUAGAGAAGAACAGUCUCUAGUGAAUUUCACUCUUGUGGCCACGGACAGUGGGUCCCCGCCCUUGUCCUCAAACAUCACAGUCAGUGUCACUGUAGUGGACGCCAAUGACAACGCCCCUGUUUUCACCAAUUCCACCACACGGUAUUCUGUUUACGAGAAUGCUACCCGGGGUACUCUGGUUGGCAUCAUGACUGCUACAGACGCAGACGAAGGAGUUAACGGUCUGGUCUCGUUUGUCUUUUCUGACAUCGUCCAAGACUUCAUCAUCAACAAAACAACGGGUGAAAUAACAGUCGGAGGAGGACUGGACCGUGAAAUAAAGGAUGUGUAUAUGCUAAGUGUUACUGCCUUUGACAACCCAGUGUCAGGCAUCAGCCUCCAUACAUCUAAGCAAAUUGAAAUCCGUGUUCUGGAUGUCAAUGACCAUGCGCCAGAGUUCCAUCCAUCUAACACAGCCAUAGUGGGUAAGAUUGUGGAGACCGCUAUGAAGGGAGAUAAAGUGUCCGACAUCAGUCCAGAAAUAAAAGUCACAGACCAGGACUUGGGUCAGAACUCGGAGCUGACUUAUCAACUGACGCCAAUGGGGAACUUCAGCUUGUUUACAGUCAACGAGACAACCGGAAGUAUACUGGUCAACAGCAAUCUUACAGGAAUGGCGGAAGUCUACUCUUACAUUCUGACGGUGACUGAUGGCGGUGAUCCGCCCCUGAAUGCGACAGCCAAUGUGACGAUCACAGUCAUUGAUGUCAAUCUCAACGCUCCUCAGUUUGUGAACAUUGGACCGGUACCAGCAGUGCCUGAGUGUGUAAGGUCCGGGUCAUCCAUCUACACUUUCAAUGCUACUGAUGACGAUAAAGACAAAGACACUAACGGCAAAGUUCAGUAUUUUCUGGACAACACCUUGACCAGUGCCGACGACCUGGCUUUCUUUCGUCUCGACGUCGACACUGGCGACCUCACCUUGGCUCAGGGGAAGUCAUUCGACAGCGAGACCAAGGCUCGGUUUGAGCUAUGGAUCUUCGCCAAAGACAAAGGGCUUCCCUUCGUCCAAACUAGUCAAUCACAACGUGUGACAAUCAUCAUCAACGACACGAACGAUAACUCACCCAAAUUCAAUGAAAGCGAGAAACAGUUUGAGGUUUACGAGAACUUGUCUAACGUCACCGUGGGCAACGUCUUAGCCUUUGAUCCUGACAUUGAUGCACGGACCCUCUACAGGCUUGAGGUCGGUGAGUUCUGGGACUAUUUUAAUGUCAACGCUAACUCACGCCAGGAAGGUGUACUCACGUUGCUAAAGCCACUUGACCGGGAAAAACAGAGUGAGGUCACGGUCACCAUCACAGCGACAGACGACACGCCUUUCUCACAAGAAUGCGGAAACCCACCCCAGGCCCAGAACACGUCCAUUAAAGUGCGUGUACUGGUCAAAGAUAUCAACGACAACCCUCCAAUCUUCACCAGCUCCGUUGUUUCCGCUGGUUUCCUAGCAACGUCAGAAUACGGGACAGAGAUUUUAAACCUUCAGGACCUAGUGACGGAUGCAGACCUGGAACCUAACCGUGUGCACGCCUUCUACCCCGCGGGUCCGAUAGACCCUGUUGGACACCUGAAACAGUUUGGUCUGGACAGUUCACUGCGUCUGACCGUCAACGGAAGUCUUCAGACCAACAGGUCGUUCUCCGCAGACAUGCAGGGCUUGCUCCAGUGGCGAGUCUUGGUUAAUGAUUCAGCUGGCAGCAGCGAAACACUUCUCAAAGUCUACGUAGUUGGAACAGAUAAGAUUAUUCGAAUUUCGUUUUUUCAUUCCAAAGACGACAUCAGAAAUAUGAAGUCACAGAUACUCAGUUUCAUGCGAAAUACAUCCCAGUUUGACUUCAUAGACGACGGCAUCAUAGAUUUUGUGGACACCAACGGGAAUGCCGAUCGCUUCAAGUCUGUGUUACUUGUGCACGCCGUGGACAAGAACGACAACCUGGUGGAUGCAGCGACCAUGCAAGCUGAAAUCGAUCACAAUACCAAUCUGGUGCAAGGUCUUAAUCAAUAUCAAGCUCUCGCCAUACAGACUGCAAGGGAGGCCGAGAUGAAGUCAGACGACAAAACGAGAAUGGAAUAUAUUCUUGUUGGCAUUAUCUGUGUCCUCGUCAUUGGCUUCCUCGUCACGCUUAUCGUGAUGAUAGCGAAUAUAUACAGGUUCAAACGCAAGCUGAUGGCGAGUACCACGGAAGCCGAUCCAUUGAUGUCAAAAUCUAGCACAUUUUUAAACAUGAACCCUAUUACUGUGAGGAACAAUCCAGUCUAUGGCAAGGAGCCGACUGCGCAGACUGGCGAUAAUGAAGAUAACAAACAAUAUAACGACUUGCUUGAUGACAACAAUGUCGAUGGUGAGCCAGCGCCGACCGAGUUCGAUGAAGAGGAAGUGAUGCUAGAACUGUACGGCACGGAAACCAGCUCUCCUGUUCCUCCAAGAAAAGGAAACCCACUUCUGGAUGAAGUUCUUCAAGCGCAUGCGUUAAGUAAUGGACAUGCGCAGAGCAAUGAGUCAAACCAGGCUUCUGUACAGCUGAAGAAUGAGACUGGCCUAAGAACAUCGAAAAUAUAGAUUCUCAAAAACAUUCAGAGGAAGAUGUUUUGUCAGACUUGCUCGAUGAAUUUAUGACACCAUUUGUGUGUUUUAGCGACCUGUGAAAACACAAACAAAUGAUUAAACACUUCUUCUUUGAGAUCAUCGAGCAUAAACUGCACAAUGGUGGACCCUCAACAGCAGGACUGGGACAAGCACAAGGACAAGGACCAACUUUAUUAAUCCCAGUGGGUAGCUAUACUCAGGAAGUGGUCUCAGAUUAAAAAAUAAACAAACAAAACAAAACAAGUGCUAGUUACAAGAGAAAGAUAAGGACAAGAUAAGAAUUACUGUUUUAAUAAAUGACUAUUGAUUUUAAAA